AGAGCUCCCUGUCCCCGCCCCGAAGGCCGGCUCGCUCCACUCCCACUUCCUGAGCCUGGCGCUGGAGCCCUGGAGGCCAGGCCAGGCCCGGCCGCUGGGCCCCCAGGGCACGUCAGCCCAGCCCUGUCCCAGGCCCUGGGCUCAGGAGGUUGCUGCCACCGCUGCCCAGGACUUGCAGGCCUCCCAGCUUCCUCCCAGGCCUCCACCCGUCUGGCCGACUGGCCGACUGGCCGACUGGCCGCCAUGCGCCUGCCAUGGGCCGCCUCCCCCUGCGGCCUGGCCUGGGGGCCACUCAUCGUGGGCCUCUGCGGUCUCCUGGCAGCAUCCCAGGCCCGACCGGAGCUCCCCUACCACACGGAGAACCAAACCUGCCAGGACCGGGAGAAGGAAUACUACGAGCCCAAGCAUCAGGUCUGCUGCUCCCGCUGCCCCCCAGGCACACAUGUCUCAGUGGAAUGCAGCCGCAGCCAGGACACAGUGUGUGCCAUGUGCCCCGAAAAUUCCUACAACGAGCACUGGAACCAUCUCUCCAUCUGCCAGCUGUGCCGCCCCUGUGACCAGAUGCUGGGCUUUGAGGAGACCGUGCCUUGCACCAGCAGACAGAAAACCCAGUGCCGCUGCCAGCCGGGAAUGUUCUGCGUACACUGGGACACUGAGUGUGUACACUGCGAGCCACUCUCUGACUGCCCGCCUGGCACCGAAGCUGAGCUGACAGAUGAAGUCGGGGUGGCUAACAGUAACUGUGUUCCCUGCAAAGCAGGGCAUUUCCAGAAUACCUCCUCCCCCAGGGCCCGCUGCCAGCCCCACACAAGGUGUGAAGAGCAGGGUCUGGUGGAGGCAGUUCCAGGCACUGCCAAGUCUGACACCAGCUGCAGAAAUCCACUAGAGCACUCUGAGACGCCAGGAACUGUGAUGGUGCUGGCUAUCCUGCUGCCACUGGCCUCUUUCCUCUUCCUCACCACGGUCCUGGCCUGCACCUGGAAGAACCACCCCUCUCUCUGCAGGAAGCUGGGAUCCCUGCUCAAAAGGCGUCCAGAGGGAGAGGAAUCAAAUACUGCUGACGGAAGCUGGGAGCCUCCUAGGGUCAACCCACAUUUCCCGGACCUGGUAAAGCCUCUUCUACCCUUCUCUGGAGACUUGGCCUCAGCCUCAGCCAGACUCCCAGCACCCCCAAGUCUGGAGGAAGAGAUGCUACAGCAGCAGAGUCCUCUCAGCCAGGCCAGAGAGCUGGAGCCUGAGCUCCCAGAACAAGGCCAGGUGGCCCACGGUACCAAUGGCAUUCACGUCACCGGCGGGUCUGUGACUGUGACUGGCAACAUCUACAUCUACAAUGGGCCAGUACUGGGGGGAGCACGAGGCCCUGGAGACCCCCCUGCUUCCCCAGAGCCUCCAUACCCCACCCCUGAAGAGGGUGCCCCUGGCCCUCCUGGGCUCUCUACACCCUACCAGGAGGAUGGCAAAGCUUGGCACCUGGCUGAAACAGAGACCCUGGGGUGCCAUGCCCUCUAACAGGGACAAGGACCCAACUUGACACCCAUGCCUCUUAGUGUCUGGGAAAAGCCAGGAGAAGGCAGGUGCGAGAACACCUUACCCCUGAGGCUGCCCUACCCACAUGGGAUUGACAGAGGGCCUGGGCAGGGCCCCUGAGAGGCAGACCCCAAGGGGCCAGGUCUCAGACGCGUCUCCGAGAGCAGGGCUGGCCACUAGCUGGGCAUGUACCUGCUACCAGACUCUUGCCACCAUCUGAGCAGGCCUGAGACUUCAUUGCAGACCCUUCUGCCCGCUGGGGCUGCGGCAGCUCAGCUUCCAGCACGGACAGGACAUAUGAUGCUAACUGCUGCCCAUCAUGACACUCUGAACUCUCAGUGUGGCGCAGAAGGAUGCCAGCCACGUGGUCACUUGCAAGGACAUCAGUGGGACCUCCAGCAGACUCGUGAUGUUCAUCCCCCAGCUUCAGAGGCCCUUUGAGAGCCCACACUUCACAUGGACUGAAGUAGACCCUUGCAUGAAGACAGAGUUACGUGGAGGACCACCCCUCCCCUCUCCUCCCAGACAAGAAAAGGAGUCAUUAAACACUGGGGAUUUGGAUACAGUUACUAGGGAGAAGGGAGAGUUUUGGAGGGGAGGAAAACAGCAAGUGUAUUUAUAAAUUGUAACCACAUGCAAAUAAAGAGGAGAUAAGACCUAGA